UUUUACAAUCGAGAACUGUUAUGUAAUGCUACAAUUGAUAAUACAGAGAUCUGCAGACACGUAUGGCGGUGCCAAGAUAAUUAUAACCGCUAAGAAUGAUAAAGGGAGCAGACAAAGUAAUAUAUGUAGCAGUUGAUCCGUAUAACAUCACUCUGCAACUUUCUGAUAACAAUAUAACACAUGCGUUUAGAUUUUAAAACGACUGAGCAUGCGCCCCUCUCGCUCUUAAAUGGUACGUGCCGGAUUCCGCGUCAUCCAUUGUUUACAAAUCAACCCUUGAGCUGUUUCUGUUGAGCAGCGUGGCGGACGCCGACUAGACAGUCCCAUCCGUUUGAAUAAAAACAACCAUCAGGGCUGGAUAUUUGUUAUCUAAAGCUAUAUUGAAGAUGCCUUGUCGAAAGGAGAACUAUAUCUUUUUGGAACAGUCGGUAACGGUGGAUUCAAAGGAAGUAGACGCUCUCGUGUCGAAAAUCGGCGAGGUGCUGCAGCUCCACAACAAUAGCUCGAGCCAGAAGGCGAUGUCACGUCUUCACGGUAGCAACAACAACAACAGCAGCAGCAGCGCGGCGGGCGGACAGCGGUGCAUCCGUAUCCGCAGCCGGAGUUUACGUUCCAGGCGGGCCAGUCCGUACAACCCACCCGGAUCCAGCGAUCAGGAAUGGGACCAUUUCAGAUCCUCGUGGAACCGAAAGAAAAUCGACGAGGACGAUCCGCACCAACUCCUCCAGGAACUCAUAUUGUCGGGAAACCUGAUCAAGGAAGCGGUCAGACGACUACAGUUUCCCUCGGAACCAACGGAGCACGACAUCUCCAAAUCUGUAGACUGACCUCACGAGCCCACAGAUGCAUGGACGUCCUCACGUUUUCAGAGCUCAUUAUUAUACGUUGGUUUUUUACAAACUUUGAUAUCGCACCCUUAUGUUUUUUGUUUUUGUUUUAUUGUAUAUUGCUGAGAUGGAAACGUUUUGUAUUUUGGACUCUUUAGCAAUGUGACCCUACCUUGUUCUCUCAUUUUUAAAUAUCAGUGUUCGGAUUGAAAUGCAAGUGUAAUGCAAAAAGCUAGUGGUUUAUAGCAAUGCAUUUUAUUAUAGUAUUAACUGGCCUCUGGCUGGUUUGUCCUAGAAUGGUGCAUCGUGUUUUGGUUUGCUGGAGUUUAGCACUCUCAAGAACUGCUCAACUGUUUUGUUUACAAUGUAGAUGUGCUUGGGCUGCUGGCUUGCGGUCCUCGCCUAGAUAAGGCAACGGGUCACACUUUUUGUUUACUCCUUUUAAACCUAUGUUUGGAUACAAAGAUAAUACUAAUUUGGUUUCAAGCAGGUCCUGUGUGCACCUCAUGAGGGCCCUUGUCUUCUGUCCCUUUGGUUUCCAAGCAAGGACAACACUCCUUAAAGAGAAACUGAGAUCAAACUCUGUGUGUGGGUAAAAGUGUUAGACAUGUGGGAUGUGAUCACAACACAAUGACACUGUGGUGCUUUUUGAUUCCAAUAUGGAUUUUUAAAGUUUUUUUCUAAUGAUGUUUUGUGUUUUCAUUUUCACUCUGUAAACUCUGUGUAUGCUUCGAAACGAAGUGUUUUUAAUAACUCUGAUUGUUCAGAGAGUUUGGUGUCUAAUAAACAUGGUGUUUUUGCAUA